AUUUGUAUGGAGUAUCCCGAUGCUGACAAAGACUUCGAUUUUCAAACAAUUGGACAGUAAAAUAUAAUCUAAUCUGACAAUUUCUCGGGCAAUCCUAUAUUUACGCAACAUCAAUCUGAGAUCAUAUGAUCCAAGGCCCAUAGGGCCCAAAUAGCUCUCUAUGAUGCUGCCUGUAUAAAUAUAUUCUUGCUACAUAUCCUAAAUAGACACCUAAUUCAUGGUAAAUCUAUAGCCUACAUAAUUCGUGCAAGUAUAUGUGAAUACAUUUUCCAUAGAGUAUAAUUUUAUUAUAAGUAUGAUUAUGCUACUUUUCCCACACGUAUUGAAUAUAAUUUAAGGCAUUAGUUCGGGCAGCAGAAUUUAUAAGCUCGUCUGAACUGUUUGACGGAUUCCAUCGUAAAUGUACGUCUGGAAAUGCCGACAGAUGGACGCAUUAUAUUCAUCCGUACGCUAGUAAUAAAAUAAAAACAAUGAGUUAUUAGCGAAUUGGUCAUCAUUUCCAUCAUCUAAUAUCCGACUGAUACGUUCUUGUUCGCCUACUAGCUAGUUACAGCUUGCUAUAUAAUGAAGAACAGCUUUUGAAUAUAGAAUGUCAAUGACAUAACUUCCCGAAUUCAGAUCGCAUUGGCUUCGUAACAAUCGAGCUAGUCGCCUAAAAUUAGCUAUAGCUAGCGAUCUCCGACGGUUCACAUUGAGACGCCAAAUCAUACUGCGAAGUCAAUACAAAACAUGUCUGGACCAAACGGCGACCCCAACCUUACAAUUAACGAAGAUACCGAUGAAGAAGAAUUCAACGAGGAAGAGUACGCGGCGAUUAAUUCCAUGCUGGACCAAAUCAACUCCUGCCUCGAUGACCUGGAGGAGCGCAAUGACGCGCUAAACGGCAAACUUCAGGAACUCCUGGAGUCUAAUCGGCAGGCGAGGUUGGAGUUCCGGGAGCAACUGAACGGGACAUCGCCGGGUGAACAGCAGCCUCCACCCCCAGAACAGGACCCUGCGGCGUCAGAGAGACCAGGCUAAAUGAGGACAUCUGAGGGCUGAAUCUCCGUUAACUUUGCCCAUCUUCCAGUCACUGUUCAAGACUCCGUUGCUCUCAAGUCGUCCACCGUUUUAUUUCCCGAGCUGGAGUGCGUUUAGUUACAAAGAUCUGGGAAAUCAACCGCCCCCCUCACCCUUCGCCACCCAAAAUCCACAGCUUCAAUAUACUUGGCUGCGGAUGUGAUCCAGACCAGUCAUGGUUCCUGCAUAGUCAAAGCUGAGCCAAAGCAUCGUCCAUCCGUUUUCCAUCCAAAUACAGAGUCAUUUUCAUGUUGUCAGUUUCCUGUACAAUCAUUUAGCCGUUCACAAUGUACACUGGAGUUGCUUCAGCAAAGACGACAUUGCAUUAUAUUAAAACGCAGAUGAGCCUAGUUAUCCGAUUGCAAAUCACGUCAUUUACUGUAGGCUACAGCUGUCAAAUUGUGGUUGAAUGGAAUAUCCUGUGGAGCAACGUCACUGGCGAUGUUGUUUAAGAAAAAAUAUCCUGGCAAUUUUCCCUAUUUGCUAGCACGCCUUAUGUUAAUUUGCACAUUUAAUCAUUCAGCAAUAAGAAAUGUGAAGCAGGAGCAUGUCACGCUCGUUCUGCUUCGUUUACAUCAUGACUUGUACCUUGAAGUGAAAUAUUUGCCCAGUCUGUGAUUUUUUUUGUUGUCUGUUGAAAUUCACUUGUGUUCUGAGAUUCAUCUUGGCAGUGGUAUUUUGUGAAAUGUUUGUGUGUACAUACAUUCUCAAUGCAGGACAGGGCUGUGGUCCAAUUGUGAAUGAUUUGUCAAUAAAGAUGUGCAAUUCACAAGAUGCAGUAAAUCGA